AUGUCCAUAUCAUUGAAAAAUGUCCGACUGAAACAAAAAUCAAAAAAAUCUGACAGAGCUCAAAAAGGUGACCUGAGAAUUUACGACGAGGAAGGUAAUGAUGUGACACCAAGACCCUUGGUGCAUGAAUAUUAUGCUCGCGUAGAAGAUCCAAGCAAAAUCUUCAACUGGGAUGCACUGACUCUGAAACCUACCUCCAGUUCUCUUGAAGUUCUGAGCCCGGUUCGGGAUUAUCAGUCGAGUUCAUCUUUAAUUAAAGCUCCUUCGUUGAUCACUACAAAUUUGCCGUUUGAAGAAACUAUGGAGAGCUUGAUGUCUAUCUGCACUGAAGAUUCGAGGAAUCUUGAUGAUGCUGACCGGGCGCCGUCCCCAUUUUGCUUACCCAGUGUUGAUCCAGUUUGCCAAAUUUCCCCUGAGAAGAUGACAAUAUUACUGAGAGAAACAGAGACAUUUUUUCUGUUUGACAUGCCGCAACUCACUGCUGAUUUGGACACACCAGAGGGUCAAGCAGUGAAAGAAGCUAACGAAAGAUAUGAGUAUAUAACCAAAGGAGAAGGUUCUAACCGGAGGGUAGUUGAAGCAGAGGCACAGACCACCAAAAUUUAUACCAAGUCUAGGUCCACUUAUUUGGGAAGAAAGAAAAGAACCAACAAGGGCACUUUUGUCAACAAUUGGGUUUUAUAUGAUGCUUAUAAUUCUGCUAAUACAAUUGAUAAUGAAGAUGGAGAGAAUACUAAGAAAAAUUUGAUCCAGAGUAUAUUUUCAAAGCCGAUUCCAAAAGAUUCAUCUCCAACUGAAGAUCCCUUAGCCGAAUUAUACAAAAAAGACUCCUUUGCAUCAGCAGCUCGAAUAAUGGAGCGAAUAAUCGCGAGCAAGUUCUACAUAGUUCCUCAGAAGAGAUUCAAAGGCUUGAUAAAAAAAGACCCUUGUGACCUGGACUUGGAGUUUACUUACAGCUUGGACCUCCUUUGGACCCACGUUUGCCCUGAAGUCCAGGGUCGACCAGUAAAUUGCCUUCGCUGGAGCUAUAAAAACGACAACUUGCUAGCAGCUGGUUACGGGUCUGCUCCAGAGGAGUCCAACGACUCCUCCCGAGGACUUCUGCUAAUCUGGUGCAUAAAGAACCCCAGUCAGCCUGACCGAGUCUACAAAUUCGACUCAGCUGUUUCAGAUUGCGACUGGAGUCGCCAGAAGCCGAACCAACUGGCCGUGGGGUUCUACGACGGAACUGUCAAGGUAAUAGACGUGAGCAGCAGAAGCCUGAGAAUAAUUCACAAAAGCACUAGAGAAACUUGUCCGACUUAUUGGCCACACUGGCAGGUCCAGUGGUGGCUGGACAACGAUCCACUGGACCCGCUGGUCUCUAAUCAAGAGUUAAUUUACUCCAGCAACCAGGAUGGGUCAAUUUUCUGCUUCGAUGCCUCCAAAGAUUUUUCAGCGAAAAAAAUCAUGACCAUUCCUAGAAUAGAAGACAAAAUUCCAGGGAUAAAGCGGACAAAUUCCAGCGGGUGUCUCUACGAUGUUCCCAUCAGCAAAAAUCCAGGAGUUCUGUUGCUGCGCCAGCAUCCAACAGCCAGCAACAUCUACUACGUGGGUUCUGAUGAAGGCUGCGUUUAUCGUUGCUCGACAAAUUACCUGAGUCACCACCUGGAUAAUUUUCUAGCUCACAAUGGUCCAUUUUACUCGCUGGAGUUCUCGCCCUUCUGCCCGAAGAUCUUCUUGACCUGCGGAGCUGAUUGGAGCACUAGAAUCUGGGCAGACGGCAUCACUGAUCCCCUGCUCACGCUUUCGACCAGCAUGGCCUGUGUCCAGGCGGCUUGUUGGAGUCCUAGUAACUCAACGGUGAUCGCAACUUGCGUUGGUAAUGAAAUUAAUAUCUGGGACUUGAAGCGCCGCACUCACAGGCCCACUUCUGUUACCGUUUUACCUACAGAUCAGCGGCUGAUGCUUCUGGAGUUUACGAAAACUGGGAACCAGUUGGUUGCUGCUGAUCUUUCAGGGAAGAUUUUUAUUUAUAAUCUAGAAGGCAUGCCUUUUCCACCGUUUGAACAGACGAUGGUAUUGGUGGAGGCUAUUGAGAAGAAUUUCAAAGUUGAAAAUAAUAAAGAGGAUUGCCAAAUUGAUGAUCAACAAAAUAACAUCUGUCCAGAGUAUCCAAUCGAUAUUGAGGAAAUAAAACUAGAAGAACCUCGUAACAAUUCACCAAUUUCCGAUCAAGAUAUUGAGAUCAUUCCCGCUGAUGAAGAUCAAAACAAAGGAAAGACAAGCUCAAAAAAUCGUACCACAGUUCCUCGUAAUAAAAAUUGUCAAUACCGAAAAACCUCAAUUGCAAUAUCAAGAAAGAGUCUUGCAGUAAUUAAUAAUCAAAAACCCAAGCUGUUUACUUGCGAAUUUUGCAGUAGGAAUUUCUUAUUAAAGAAAAGUUUGGACAAGCACGUGACGAUUCACACAGAAAAAAAUAUUCACACUUGUAUCAUCUGUUUGCGUGAGUUCACUCACUUGGAUGAUCUCCGUCAUCAUAUGUUGAGUCAUACAGAAGAAAAAAAUCCUCCUAGAAAACUCUUCAUAUUUAAUUGUGAUGUUUGCUCCAGAAAAUUCCAAUCUGUUCAUCAUUUAAAUCGACACAUGAUGGGACACUUGGAAGAAAAACCUCUGGCUUGUGGUGUUUGUAAAGCGAGUUUCAAGUCCAGGACUCGAUUAAAUAGUCAUUUAGCAACGCAAGCUGAAAGACAACCUCUCAAAUGUCUGGUGUGUUCUGAGAAGAAAAAUGUCGGCUAA